AUGGCGAGAGAGAACCACACUGCUGAUGACUCCGAGGGAGGGGCCCUGGACAUGUGCUGCAGCGAGAGGCUGCCCGGUGUCCGCCAGCCGGUAGGGAUGGAGGCGCUGGACCAGGCCGAGGGGCCCGCGGCCUCACAGAGAGAGAUGCCACCACCCCCACCUGCUUCUCCGCCCUUGGAGCCAGCUCAGAAGCCGCCACCUCGAGGCGCUGGGAGCCACUCCCUCACCGCCAGAAGCAGCCUGUGCCUGUUGGCUGCCUCCCAGUUCCUGCUCGCCUGUGGGAUGCUCUGGCUCAGCGGCUUUGGCCCCAUCUGGACACAGAACACCACAGACGUCGUCUCCUCUGCGCUCACGUUCCUGGAGCGGCUGGGACCCGCGGCCUGGCUGGGCACUGGGACCUGGGACAUCCCCAGUCUGCUGCUGGUCUCUCUCUGUGUGAUCCUCGUCACCACCCUGGUGUGGCUCCUCCUGAGGACUCCCCCAGAGCCACCCAGCCCGCUGCCCCCCGAGGACAGGCGCCAAUCAGUAAGCCGUCAGCCUUCCUUCACCUACUCGGAGUGGAUGGAGGAGAAAGUCGAGGAUGACUUCCUGGAUCUGGACCCCGUCCCCGAGACCCCUGUGUUUGACUGCGUGAUGGACAUCAAGCUGGAGGCUGACCCCACCUCCCUGACUGUCAAAGCCAUGGGUCUGCAGGAGAGGAGGGGCUCCAAUGUCUCCCUGACCCUGGACAUGUGCACGCCGGGCUGCAACGAGGAAGGCUUCGGCUAUCUCAUGUCCCCCCGUGAGGAGUCAGCCCGAGAGUACCUACUCAGCGCCUCCCGCGUGCUCCAGGCCGAAGAGCUUCACGAGAAGGCCCUGGACCCCUUCCUGCUGCAGGCAGAAUUCUUUGAAAUCCCCAUGAAUUUUGUGGAUCCGAAAGAAUAUGACAUCCCUGGGCUGGUGCGGAAGAACCGAUAUAAAACCAUCCUUCCCAACCCUCACAGCAGAGUGUGUCUGACCUCACCAGACCCUGACGACCCUCUGAGUUCCUACAUCAACGCCAACUACAUUCGGGGCUAUGGUGGGGAAGAGAAGGUGUACAUCGCCACUCAGGGACCCAUCGUCAGCACGGUCGGCGACUUCUGGCGUAUGGUGUGGCAGGAGCACACGCCCAUCAUUGUCAUGAUCACCAACAUCGAGGAGAUGAACGAGAAGUGCACCGAGUAUUGGCCGGAGGAGCAGGUGGUAUACGAUGGCGUGGAGAUCACCGUGCGGAAAGUCAUCCACACUGAGGAUUACCGGCUUCGGCUCAUUGCCCUCAGGAGCGGGACAGAAGAGCGAGGCCUGAAGCAUUACUGGUUCACGUCCUGGCCCGACCAGAAGACCCCAGACCGCGCGCCCCCACUCCUGCACCUGGUGCGGGAGGUGGAGGAGGCGGCCCAGCAGGAGGGGCCCCGCUGCGCCCCCAUCGUGGUGCACUGCAGCGCAGGGAUUGGGAGGACCGGCUGCUUCAUCGCCACCAGCAUCUGCUGCCAGCAGCUGCGGCACGAGGGCGUGGUGGACAUCCUGAAGACCACAUGCCAGCUCCGUCAGGACAGGGGCGGUAUGAUCCAGACGUGCGAGCAGUACCAGUUCGUGCACCACGUCAUGAGCCUCUACGAGAAGCAGCUGUCCCGCCAGUCCCCGGAGUGA